UUUGAGAUACCACUUCAGAUCCGGCUUAACAGGGAGCUGAGUUAGCUGAACUUGAUAACUUCCAAAAAAAAAAUAUCGAAAUUGAACUGACAAAGAUAGAGAUAGAUAGAGAGAGAGAAUGAGAUAUGGCGGAGGUAGAAAGAGGCGAAUGCUGUUGCAACCGUUUCUGGUUCUGUGUGCGACGGUGACCAGUGUGGGAUUGUUGAUGCUGGCGCUGAGGCCGUUGGAUCCUCCAAUCACUGUCGAUUUUCCUAGGGAUGUCAAACUCGGAGAUUCAGACAGCUCGAGCUCCGAUGACGGGGGCACGGGCUUCGUCCGAGAUAAACCGUGCGCAACGGUGGAGGAAAUGGGGAAGGAUUUCGAAAAUGGUGUUGUUGGGAAGGAAACGCUGAGAGUGAGGAGAAUUAUCGAGGAUCACUUCGUCCUGAACGGUGCUUCGAGAAUCAGGGAUUUGCCACCGGAGCAGUUCUGUAGUCAUGGAUUUGUUCUGGGAAAGACUGCAGAGGCAGGUUUUGGGAACGAAAUGUACAAGGUCUUAACUGCUGCAGCACUGAGUAUAAUGUUAAACCGGUCCUUGAUCAUUGGCCAAACCAGAGGCAAAUAUCCUUUUGGGGAUUACAUUUCUUAUUCCAACUAUACUUUUACAAUGAAUGAAAUAAAACAUCUGUGGAGAGAAAAUGGUUGUGGAACCAAAUAUGGGAGGCAACUGGUUAUGAGGACAGAUGAUUUUGAAAAGCCAGCUCAAACAAAUGUUCUCUGUAGCAAUUGGAAGGAAUGGAAGCAACCUAUCAUUUGGUUUCAAGGAACCACAGAUGCCGUGGCAGCUCAAUUUUUCUUGAAAAAUAUACACUCUCAGAUGAGGAAGGCUGCUUUUGAUUUAUUUGGGGAUCCUCAAGUCCUGGGAUCUCAACCAAAUGUAUUUGGAGAGAUCAUGAGGGUUCUCGUAUCCCCUUCAAAAGAUGUCGAGGCAGCUGUCAAUUGGGUUAUUGGUGGUGGGGAGAAUCCUGACAUCUCAUUGCAUAUGCGGAUGCUUAUGAAUAGGUCCAUCAGAGCAGUACAGGCUGCAUUACAUUGCAUAAAAAAAGCCAUAGAGAGUCAGCACCUAAUGUCAAGACCAAAGGUGGUUGUGGUGUCAGAUACACCUACUCUUGUUGAAAGUAUUGUGCCCAACAUUAGCGAAUUCGCACAGGUUAUUUAUUUUGAUUAUAAAAAGUUCAAAGGAAAUGCCUUUGAAGAUUUGCCCAAGAAAGAUUUUAGAGUGAAGGAUUGGGGUCCAGCACCCAGAUGGGUUGCUUUUGUGGAUUUCUUUCUUGCAUCUCGUGCCAAAUAUGCUGUUGUCUCUGGAGCUCAACGUCGUGUUGGAACUACGUAUGCUCAGUUAAUCGCUGCACUGGCUGCAACACGGAAUCUGGGAGAGAACUCGACUGGUUCAAGUUUUUCAUUUCUGAGCAGUUUCCAGAGUAAUAUUUUGACGGAAGGUUUAAAGAAUCAAAUUGGGUGGGGCCAUGUGUGGAACAGAUAUGCUGGACAGUUAAGUUGUCAUAAUCAGACCAAUCAAUGUGCUUUCACACCAAUUCUCCCUCCCGGUUGGUGGGACGGCCUAAUGCAGUCUCCUAUUCCAAAGGAUAUUAAUCGUCUUGCUGCCUAUGGCAUCACACUGUCUGUUCUUGGCACAGUUGAUUUCGAUUCCCUUCAAAAUCACUGUAGUUCAAGGAAAAAUGUUGAGAGAACCAUCACUUUCAAUUUGUAGCCUUUGCAAGUCACAUAUUGUAUUCUUUACGGUAUUAAACAUAAUAAUUUAUUAGUAUAGAAUUUGUUGCCUCA